AUGCCGCCCACCUGGACUGAGAUUAACCCCGAGGGGCUAGUCUUCUUGAAGCAAAAGACCAUGGUCACUUCGAUUCAAGAGAUUCAGCCUGAAGCAGAAUCUGUUAAAGAACCAAAUUCGGCUCCGGCUUUAGUCGAAGGCUUUCUAGAUGAUAACCAGGAAGAUGAUAAUCACACCCGGACUUCGGAGAAAAUCCUUGCUAUCCUCAAGCCAUACCUCCUCACCAAGUCAGUCGACGCGCAUGAUCGCUGGGACCUUGGUGCUACUACAUUCAUCUCUGUGAUCUGCAACUUUGUCAGAAAGGGACAAGCAGUGAAGAUGUGUCUCCCCGCUUUCCCUUGGAAGUCCGCCAACAAAGUCUACAAAGUGCUCGGCACGCUACCUGAUAAAGCCGAAGAGUUAGCCCUGAAACGCUUGAACGGUAUAUGCGAAGCUAUCGGUGAUGCCUAUAAGCCUGGAGCAGAGCUGCUUAUUAUCUCGGAUGGGCUAGUUUACAAUGAUCUGCUCACUAUCCCAGACCGCGAUGUCUGGGCAUAUGGUGAAGCUCUACGCGCUCUUUCCGUUGAAAGUGGCUGUACUCACAUUCGCUUCAGUCGUCUGAAAGACCUCGUCAACAUCCCGGGUCUGCCAGACAAGCUCGAGGAAAUCACAUACGUAGCCAAUGCUUCGAACUUCCGACGGGCGCUGCUAAAUCAGUUCAGCAAGCCAGGCCUUGACGUGACCAAGGAAAUAGCUGAGAAAGAUGACACAAGAUUGACAUAUUGUGGCUAUACACGGUUUCUGGAGAAUGAUCUCCGGUACAUUUUCACCAUAGGCCAGAACAGGAGCGGCCACAAGUAUCGCAAGGAUGUCAAGUACGUGGCGAAGCAGAUGAUCUACCGCGGAUACGCGUUUGGGGCGGCAGUCAAGCAGAAUUUCCCGGACUACCUCCGCCUCAGCAUUCACCAGUCUACGGGCGAACACAAGGUCUCCAUCAGCUUAUUGCCGACCAAAACUUCGUAUACCACCCCAUGGCACUGUAGCGUAGCAUUUCUGGCGGAUGGAAGCGUCACUUCUGGACCCAAGGGCGACUUUGAGGACAAUCCCAAGUUCGAGCUCAUCCGUGACAAAGACGGGAGGCCGAGUUAUUUUCGGGAAAGGGAGAUGGGGGCCGUGGACAUAGAUGAGGAUGAAGAUGAUUAUUAG